AUGGCCUCGCGUCCGGAUUACAAUCAGUACACGACGGCGACAGAGGUGGCAAAGGCAUUCAGUGAUGGAGUUCGGGUGGUUAUCGUCGGGGUAUCACCUCAAAGUCUAGGCGAAUCAAUGACUACUGCCUUGGCGGCUCAUUCGCCUUCGCUCCUGGUAUUAGCUUCUCGAACCAAGGCGAAGAUAGAGAAGGUAGCUGCCAAAGUCAGGGCUGAUCACCCGACGGUGCGCCUCGAAAUCGUUGAGGUCGACUUGUCAUCCCUCGAGUGCAUUCGCAAAGCCUCCAAGGUCAUCAGUGACAUUGUGGAUCGGAUCGACAUCCUCAUCAACAAUGCGGCUGUUGUAAUGACAACGCAUGCGUUCACCAGGGACGGUCUCGAGCUUCAGUUCGGAACGAACCACGUUGGUCCCUUCCUCCUUACAAAUCUUCUCAUGCCCAAACUUCUCAAGGCAGCACAAAUUUCGGCCAUGGGGUCGACCAGGAUUAUCAAUGUCACUAGCCAGGGUCAUAUGAUAUCCCCAAUACGAUUCAGCGAUCACAGCUUCCAUAAACGACCUGAACAGAUCCCCGCCGAGGAACGGCCAAUCUCAAGACCGGGCAUGUCGUUUGAUCCGCCGUCCGGAGAGACUUAUGUCCCUUUCGUGGCGUACGGGCAGUCAAAGACUGCAAAUAUCCUCAUGUCACUCUAUCUCAACCAGCACCUGUCGAGUGCAGGCAUACAGUCAAUUUCAACGCAUCCAGGGUCGAUCUGGACGGAUCUUUCCCGUAAUCUGGACGAUAAGCAUUUGUCAUUGAUCGAGAAGACAGGUGGAUUCUGGAAGGACCUUGAUCAGGGUAGUGCAACGACCCUGGUCGCCGCGCUUGACCCUAAGCUUGUGGAUCCAGAGGUCAUCUACCUGAGUGAUUGCCAGGUUGCAGAGCCUGCAGGGUGGGCAAGCGAUGGAAGAGCGGCUGCGCGACUUUGGAAACUCAGUGAAGACCUUGUCGGGCAGAAGUUUGAUCUGGCUGCAGGAAGCAGGCUGUGA